AGAUGGGUGAGAUUUCAACUGGAAGAGGUCAGAAUCAAGAAAUAAGUUUAGCUCGGCCUGGUGAUACACGUUGGGGUUCUCACUACACAACAAUAGUUAGACUUUUUGACAUGUGGAAUUCAGUUGAAAGAGUGUUGUUGGCAAUAAACAAACUAGGUGAAAGUCUUAAAAUCCGACAGUCUGCUGGGGGUGUAUUUGAUAAGAUGGAUUGUUUUCAAUUUGUUUUCAUUGGAAAGUUCAUGAUGAAGAUUUUGGGAAUUACAAAUACCCUAUCAAAGAUUCUGCAAGCAAGAGAUCAAAAUAUAGGAUAUGCACUCAAUAUGAUUAAUGUUGUGAAAAAUAAGUUGCAAGAAUUGAGGGAAGAUGGUUGGGAUAAUUUAUUGAAGGAAGUAACUGAAUUUUGUGAAGGACAUUCUAUUGAUGUGCCUAAUAUGGAGAAUUUUGUUCAUGGUCGAUCUCGAAAAAGGCUUAAGGGUGGAGAACCAAUGACAUAUCUUCAUCAUUUUCGGAUCGAUAUCUUCAUAAAGGUAAUUGAUGUUAUUGCAAUGGAAAUGGAUAAACACUUCACUGAGGCAAAUACAGAGCUACUUAGAUGUGUGAUGUGUUUGGAUCCUUCAAAUUCUUUUGCAAAUUUUGAUCAUGUCCGCUUAUUGCAACUAGCUAAGUUGUAUUCAGAUGAUUUUAGUUCCACUGAUAUAAUUGAGCUUGACCAUCAACUUCAAAAUUAUAUCUGUGAUAUGAGAUCAAAUGAGAUAUUCUCAAAUAUUUCCAAUCUUGGAGAUCUUGCAAAGAAGAUGGUGGAGAUAAAUUACCACACUUAUUUCCCUUUAGUCUACCGACUAAUCGAGUUAGCUUUGAUAUUGCCGGUUGGAACAGCUAGUGUGGAAAGAACUUUUUCAGCGAUGAAUGUGGUGAAGACUGAUUUACGCAACCGAUUAGGAGAUGACUUACUAUCAGACUGUUUGGUGUGUUACUUUGAGAAAGAAAUUUUUAGAAGUAUCGAUGAUGAAGUGAUUAUGCAAUCUUUUCAAAACUUGGCGUCUAGAAGAAACCAAUUGCGACCACUAAAAAUUCGUCGACCAAAUCCUUGUUAGAUGUAUAAAUAAUAGAUUUAUUUUGUUCGGUGAAAAAUAUUGGAUUUGUUAUCUAUAAAAUUAUAUUGGAUCUAUUGUGUUGGAUA